AUGGAUACAGAUAAAGAUAAUCAACUGAUAGAUAAUGAUUUAGGAAAAAUGGAGCACGAAAAUAGGGAAGAUAGGAAAAAGACUAAGGAUAAAAAAACAGAAGACUGGUUCUUGGGAAAUGUCGAAUAUCUAGAGGAGGACGAAGAGGAAUUAAUAAAAAUGAAUAGUGAUAGUAAAAAACUAGAAAUAGAAACCAAAGGAGAUAGGGAUUUUGAUUUUGAUGAGAACAACACAGUCAGGAUAGAGGGCACUAUGGAUGAGCCGAGAAUUAUUGCGCCAAAAAAGGAACAAGGAACAGAGUGGGGGAAAACGACGCCACAUGUAAUGGAUAUUAGCAGACAUAUUGGAUUAACGAAGGCAUAUAGAGAAUACGACGCAAAAGAUAAAAGUGAAAAAUUCAGUUUAAAGAAGAGAAAGCUUGAAGAAGAGAAUAAGACUUAUAAAGGACUACCUGUAAGUACUAAAAAAAGGAAAAUAGAACUAGUACAAAAUUUAACUGAAUCUAUAAACAGAAAAGAUAGUUAUAACCCCCAUAAACCCGUGAUACUUGUGGACCAAAAACUAACAGGAGCAAACCAAAUCCAACUAAUCAUUCCUGAAAAAAGUAGAAACAAGCAAACAGGAGAAAACUCUAUAAUAAGUUCUGACAAUAUUAACACAAAGGCGAGGAAAGAUAUUAGUCAUACGAACACUCUAAUAAAACAAACUUCUAUCCACAGGAAUUACGCAGGACAAAUAGAUAAUAUUCAGGGAAGCGAUCCAUCUAUAAGUGGAAGAAACAGUGAAGCGAAUUUAUACUACAACUCCUCUUUCGAGUUAGAGGAAAAUUCUUCAACGCUUCCACCGGAAAUGAAGUUUCAGGAGAAAUUCCUGAAAAUGAAUUGUUGAGGCCACCUCGUGUAGCAAAAAAGAGGAAAGGCGAUGAUAUUUUGCGUAGGUGCACGAAAAUUCUUUCGGAGUCAAGUAUUCGGCGAUUAUGUUGCCUCAGUGCUAAAAAAUUUUACCAACAUAGAAAGUAAAAAAAACUGAGAAAAAUUGUUCAGCGAGCAAUCGUAGAUGUACAGGAUGAAGAGGAUUCCUCUACAUCUUCGACAACAUCCUUCUCCUCCGGUUCGUCACCACAAGCUUUAGACGCGACUAUCUUGUAUCAAUUAGAAUAAACAUUUUUUAUAGUGACUUUUUUAAAACAUGUUCAUUUUUACUUAAAUAAAAACUUUCUCUUUCCUUACCUUUAAAU